GUUACAUUGAACUGGUUACUUUUGCUUCCGAAUUCUAGUUCGCUAGCAAAGCAAUAGGCUAAGGUUACAAAGUGUCAAUAAUAUCCGAGUGGACCGCCGAAAUAUCUUGCUUAUUUGUUUCAAAGAACUGGGUGUUGGAAGCAGAGGGUCUAGAAUAUAAUAGCCUAGCCUUAGCAGAAGCAAGUAGGCCCAGGCUAACUUAUCGAGAUCGCCUAGCCUACAUAGAAUUCUAGGCCCAGUAGAAAGCAACAAACGAAACAAAACAAAACAGGGUAGGCUAACGUUGAUUGUUAUCCAAACAUAGCCUACGUUAAAACAUACAACAUCUGACGGCUAUGAUGACAUUGUUUUGAGGGGACUAAGAUGGACAUGAGAGCUUUUUGUCCAAUAGUGAAGCCCCUGUUAGAUAAUGUGGUCUCUGAAGCAUCUCGCAUCCAGAACCUAACAGAGGCUCUCAGUUCUGGCCAUCAUAAACAGGCCAGGCAGGAGAACCAUAUUCAGCCAUCUGGGUCCUCACUCUAUGCGUGUAAUGGAGACAUACAUUUGAAGAAAACCACAAGUGACCAGCAGCCAUACUCUGUUUCAUUGAACCAUGCCACUCUGCUGUCUGAAAUUGAAAGUUUGAAGAGGGAACUGAGUGAUGUUCAGCAAAAACACCAGAACAUUGUUCAAGAGCUAAACCAGUCAAUUCGCUCUGCUCAGUGUGGUAUCAACAAUUCAAACUUAAUCCUACCACAGAAGAUGCAACUCUUCCAACUCAAGUUUUUGCAGGAACAGAACAUGGAACACCAAGAGUCCCUACAGAAAAUGUCAGAAUCUCUUGGAGCCUCAGAGGAACUGUGGAAAAGAGUACCUGAGAUGGAAAUUAGUUUAGAGCAUUACAAAAGACAGGUGGACAUUUUGCAACAUGCAUUGAGCAGAGCUGAGUCUAUGCACAAAGAGGAAAUUGAACAGCUCACAAGUAAAAUGGAGAAACAGGCCAUUCAUCAGCAAAACCUGCAAAAUGAAGUUUUGGAUUUAACUAAGAAGUUACUCCAAGAGCAACUACAAACCAGAGAGAACCUUGUAGGAUCAGUUAAAUAUGAAGAACAUGUACAAAACCCUAUGCAGGAAGCAAGGCAGGGUGCUAGGACACAGGGUGACAGCCAAUGUUAUAAUAUGGAUAAUCUGAGCAAGAGGAGGCAGAACAUCCUGCAACAUGAUAUGCAUGGGAGCAGACAAACACCUGAACUGGACAUGGGGGAGAGGCCUUUACUACUAAGUCUGAAUAGCUUACUAAAAGAGUUCAUGGAACUUAGGGGAAAUAUUAACACAGUCCUGAGAGACCAUGAAGAAAAAGAUAACCAGAAGAGGUGGGAUUGGAUGAAGGUACAGGAACAGAGCCAAGAGUGGGAGAGAAGGGCUGGGAAACUGGUGGACAGCUUGUAUUAUUUUCAAAAUCAUCAGAUGCUUGGAAAUAAAGGAGGCCUCAGUGAUGGAACUGAUAUGGCAUUACAUACAGGAAAGCCAUGCAUUCAACACUCUCCUGAAGUGAUGCCCCACAAAGAGGACAUCAGACAUUACUCUUGGCCUCAAAAUUCACACAGGCCAGAUUUGGUGAACAAUAAGCAAUGUCAAUUUCAUCUACCAAAUGGAAUCAGAUACUCUGACAGCAUGUUGGAUCCGACAAUCCAAAAACACUAUAAAGAUUUCCAGAGAGUGGGAUUCCAUGGGAACACUCAAGGUGCACAACGGAUGCCAUGAAUCCAAGAAUUUCAGUUCAGUUGUACUGUUAUUGUUUUGUAAACAAUUAGUUAUCCAAAAUCAUUUUGAUUAAUAAAAUGUUAAUUUAUCUGUG